AUGCUCAAAUUGCCGCCGGACUGGCGAGCGGUGCCAAUGGGCGCGGCCGCUGAGCUUUCUUCCGCACAAUGCUUUGACCGUCGACGAGAACUCCAAAUCAACACGUCUGAGCGUGGACAAGCCAACAGAAAGCCGGAAAAAGAGUCGCCGCCAAAUACCACGACCCGCGACAGCAGCAGUCACAGAAGUAGUACCAGCCGGGGAGAAGACAUCGACAGUGAUGGUGUCCACGAAGCUGUCGUCCCUGACCGACAUGAGCUUGCGGUCUUCGAUGCUCAGGACGCAGCGACCGCGACGGCCGGCCUUGACAGUCUCCCUAAUCGUCAUCUAUACGCAGCGUUCCACGCAGAUGUGUCACCCAGCUCAGCGGCACCACUCCAUUCGCCCUCUUUAGCUGGCAGCCUCGUGCAAGCCGCACCCGACGCACAGCAUACCUCGUUACCGGGCUCUACCCACGUAUCGCUUGAUCUAUUCACAUCCAAUAGACAGAAUUACCCCGUCUUGGAAGGAGCCGGCUUCGAGCCAGAGCCGGCUGGUGAAGACAUAGACUUCCAGCUUUCGCCUGACAUGUUGACGGAUGACGGCAUCUUUCUUCCAGGUUCUAGAUACCAGGCACUCCACAACACGCUACGAAACCACGUUUUCAUCACCGCCCGCUCGGCACAACCUAGUCGCGAGGCCAGUCCAGGGGAUCGCAGGCCCGACUAUGACAGCAACGCUCGCAUUCUUCCUCAAGACGGCCCCGGUCCCAUAUUUCGGUUUGCCUAUUCUGCCGGGGCUGAAGAAAUCUCAGGGACCAACAUCCAGCUGACUCCCCACCAGGAGUACAUUCUUUGGAACAAUUGGAUUGUUGAAAUAUCCGGUUGGCUCGACAAAUUUGACGCUAAGAAGCACUUCAAACACACGCUUCCAAUCCUGGCCAAGACAUGUUCGCAUUUGCGGUUCUCCAUGCUCGCAUUAAGUGCCAGGCAGCUUGAAAGAAAGGAUGGAUCGUUGCCUGCAUCCAUCAGCCUGGCUUUGUACCAAGAGGCAAUCCACCGAUUGCUCCCUGAGCUGCACACCAAGAACGCCACUGUAGUGGCUUCAUGCGUCGUUCUCUGUGUGCUGGAGAUGCUGAGCUGUUCCCCCAAGGCCUGGCGUCGUCACCUCGACGGCUGUGCAUCUCUUAUCAGAGCCAUGAAUAUUCGCGGAGACAGCGGUGGAGUCGAACAAGCUCUCUUUUGGUGUUUUGCUCGCAUGGAUCUUUGCGGCGGCCUCAUCUCCAAUGAGAGAACUCUGAUACCCAUCGACGAGUGGAUGUCAACCGGGUCGUUUGAGCUGGAUUGCGACGUGUUUCGCACACGCGCUCUGGAAGUGUUUGAAGAGCACGCCAACUACGCAUGUUAUCUGGUCGGCCGAGUCCUGCACUUUCUGUUCGGGUCGCCCAAGCCUCGCGACCGUGCGCCCGAGAUCUACGGCGAGGAUCAGCCCAACUAUGCGGAAAACUGGGUGUUGCUUUUCAAUCGCCUGGAGGAAUGGUACGCCCUCCGGCCCCUGGAGAUGCAGCCGCUAUUGUCCCUGAACCCAGGCGGGGGCGGGCUCCCCGACGGACGCAGUUCCCCAUUUCCCACGGUUCUGUUUGGGAAUGGCGCCGCCAUCUCGGGCAACCAACUCCAACACACCGCCGCUCUCCUCAUGUUGCAGCGCAUCCCCAAGACCGUGCCGAGGAAAUCUCGCUCGAUUCUAUGGCAUGCCCGGCAGAUUUGCGCAAUCUCCAUCUCCAACGCCCACCACGGUUGUUGGACCAACAGCAUUCAACCGCUCUGGCUUGCCGGCCAAGUCAUGAGCCAUCCGGCCGAGCAUCAGGCCAUUCUGGAUAUUUACGAUCGUAUCGAAUCCGAGACCGGCUGGGGUGCAACUUGGAGAGCUGAGGAUCUAAAGCAGCAUUGGGGAGACUUGGACGAUUGA